AGAAUAGUCCCAACCGACCUUGAGUACCGAGUAUUCAAUUAUCCUUCUUUGAACCACACACACACACACGUAUCUCAUCAUAUCUAUAUCAUUAUCUACGAAUUUAUAACGAGGAACGCGCUGAAUAGUCCGAAGGGAUUUGAAAAGUAAAGCUAUCGCAUUCUGGUAUCAUCUUUUACAGAUACAUAUCUUCUACCCGACGCACAUCAAAAUGCAGAUCUCAACGAUUGUCGCAACUGCGCUGCUGCCUUUGUUGGCGGUAGCAGACCCUUCUACUACUACGUCUACCAUGACGAUGACAAAGUACAUCACUAUCCAGAAGGUUGUUUCUACUUCAAGUGUUGUUGCUACUUCAAGUAUCUUCAGCGCAAACUCGACUUCCGUCUACCAGCCUACCGGCACUAUUUCUUCUUCUUUCCACUCCUCCAGUAUCGCUCUUCCGACGACAACGACUGGUUCUGAUGGUACGCCUACAACUGUUGCGCCGACAGUCAGCCCUACCAUCGACAACAAUAACAGCGGCGCAUCGCUUGGCUCUGCCCAUGUUGCGCUUGCGGGGCUGGCUGGUAUUGUUGUUGCCGCGUUGAUGUAAGUUGCGCCGUGUUGCGCAACUUGGCCGAGGAGCGGCAAGGGGGUACGACGAAAACAAAAUUUAUAACGUCUUAUUAAAACCAUUCGACACGAGCGUCAUCUACUUCAUUUCUUUUGUCAAAAACCAGCACUCCUCGUUUUCAGCGCUAUCUGGCCGUACACCAUACGCGACAAGGCAAUAGUCCGCGAAAUGGCAUUCGUCAACUACCAACCACGAUGCCUUGAUGCCUUGAAUUCUGCGUAUUCCGCCAGUUCCAACUAUUCUUCAUGAGUAAAAUACCAUUUCCCCUCGUCAUCUUUCCUCGACCUUUCUUCU